AAGACUUUUCAAUGAGAUGACUUUUCUCAGAGAUGCAGAUCUCUGUGAAGACUCUGACUGGCAAGACUAUCACCCUCGAGACUAAACCCAGUGAUACCACUGAGAACGUCAAAGCUAAAAUCCAAGACGAGGAGGGCAUCCCACAUGAACAACAGUGUCUGAUUUUUUUGGGCAAACUUCUGGAGGAUGGCUGCACUCUCUCAGACUACAACAUUCAGAAAGAGUCCACCCUGCACUUGGUACUUCAUCUGCAGGGUGGCAUCAUUCAGCCCUCCCUCCGCCAGCUCUCCCAGAAGUACAACUGCGACAAGAUGAUCUGUCACAAGUGUUAUACCCACCUACACCCCCACACUGUCAACUGCCACAAGAAGUGCGCCCACAACCUGCACCCCAAGAAGAAAGUUAAAUAA